CGACUUCUUCGCUAGAAAAGUAUUAGACGUCUAAGUUGUCACCGCAGAUCGUCGUUCAAUUUUGCUGGACCAAGUUGCGGGCAAUUCCGUGGGGCACCGGGUUCGAAUAAAAAGUCGCGCGAAGUGCAAUAAGUGCCGCCAUCAAUGUCGCGUUAGCGCCAACACAAUAAAAUAGAAAGUCAAUUGGCUUUGGAAAAAGUCGUCGGCUCUACCUCUGUCGUUGGAGACUCGUGAGAUCUCGCACGAUACGAACGACCGCCCCUCAGCCAGACCAAUCGAAUUGCUUUUUUAUUAUUGUUUCCCUAUUCCAUUAGCUCCUUUAUAAUGUUAAAGGCGAGGAUCGUUUAUUAAAGUAAAGAACCCGAUGAACACGUUAAAGAAUUUAUAUUAAUUUGAUUAAGAAAGUAAGAGCCUUCAAAAGGCUUUAUUUUUAUGAAAGGCCUUUUCAUAUUUAUAAUUUGUUUGGAAAGUUGGUUCCUCAUGAAUAACAGUGAAAAAACUUUAGAAAGAGUUUGCUGGAUAUUAUGAAAUUGAAUUAUUACCGAUUUUAUUAACUAUGAAAGUUGAUAGGUUCCUAGAAGCAUCUUGCAUUUAGACGUUCAUCUUAACAAACUAUAAUUCAUCUAAAAAUGUACAUUAAUAAGCAUUUGUUACACGUGACAUACGCAUGUUUAAUGCACCGGUUCCUUUGUAUCGGUGCGUUGGCAGAAACAUAUCGUAGGCAUAAAAUCGAGCCGAGACGUUGCGUGAACGUGUUAACGUAAAGUUUUACAUAAUUACAUACGUGACAUAAUUUACAUGGAGUGCGUUGCCGCCGUGACCGCAAGUUAAGCUGUGCUGGACUAUGACGUCAGGUCGCUUUAUUUCCUGGACGUGUUAAUUCCAUUAAAUCCUCGCGCGCUGAUCCCGAAUGAUUACUGAGAUUAAUUAAUACUGUUUUCAACGUCUGCUUCACGGAAAAUUACUUAACAAAGUGACUACUGAUUUAACAAGAAAUAAAUAAUCACGUCACGAGAUCGAUGAUGUUGGACAGUGAUUUCCAUAACCAGUCGAACCGGUAGCAACUGGUUUCAAUCAGACAUGAAGAACCUACCUCUUAAAUAAUUGUAGAUACUUUGUAUUUGAAUUGAUGAAGAAGUAGUUGUAAUCAAUUGAAGGAUUAUUGAAGACGUUGGUUACGACGAGUUCAUAUGUAAUAUAAAGCACAUAAUACAAUUGAAUAAUUAUCCAGGAUUUAAAAAGUCGUUAUGGUGCUCAUGUUUUUAUCUGUACUUAAGAGCGUCGUUAACCCGUUUUCCUCACUAAUGCAAUGUUAUAAAACAUUCGGAGAUUGUACGUGACGUUUUUAUUUAUUUCUCGCUCCGUCACACGUAGGUAUUACUAAAUAAGAAACACGCACUGUAAUAGCUGGGCACGAGACCUCGACUCGUGCGAAAUCGAGAGUCCGACCAAACUGGCCGGACCGUUCACUUUCACUGCGACAAAGGCCUCUUGUUAGUGUUAUCUUAUUAGCUUACUGACUCUGUUUGUUUUUGACGUUUCGUUUUGUGGCCAAUUACGUCGGCCAAGAGGCGGCAGACGUCGGCGUCGUCUGACGGUUAAGGGUGAGUGUUGCCUGUGAGGCUUGCCGAACAAAUUAGGUAAUAUAGGACGUCUAUAUGAAUUGCAAAUGUGCUGUGAUGAAAAGUUCUAUAAUUAAUCUAAGGAAGUGAAGUACCUAUAAUCCAUUAACAGUGCCGUGUGAUAUGAAAACUUAGUGAAUGUUACCACCUCUCUCCAACCAAGUAAGCAUCGCAGUCGUUAGUGCGACGUUUCGUUUCUUAGAAGCGGAAUCAUUAUCCAGAGUAUAACGAGGUGGGAUGACACAGUGUUCGACUAGGUCAACACUGAAGACGUUCGGGAAAUAAUUAGUUGGAGUGUUUGAUAAAAGUGCGUGGGUGUUCCUUAUGACAAGGACUGAGUAGUUGGAACGCGCGGUUGUUAUUGUGUCGGUGGGUCGCAGAUGCGGUUGUGAUUGUGUAGUGUAGUGGUUACUGUCAUGGUGACGUCAUGGCGCGCGCUGGCGCUGCUGGCGGCGCUGCACGCGUGCGUUGCGCUCCCGGAGCCGGUGUACCACGACCAGUUCGCGGUGCACGUGCCCGCUGGCUCGCACCACGUCGAUGACAUCGCUAGGAGGCACGGCUUCGUCAAUCAUGGACAGAUUGGUUCGCUGAAGAAUUACUACUUGCUGUCACACCAUGAAGUCCGCAAGCGAUCCACGGAGCCGAGUCACGAACAUCAUAAAAAAUUAAAUGACGAACCACAAGUCAGAUGGUUCGAACAGCAAAGGGAAAAGCGGCGUAUAAAGAGGGACUAUUCCCCGUACGAUCGCGCAGCGUUCUCGCAACUGUCACGCAGGUUGCAACCCCAUCGCCCGCACUAUCGGGCACUCACCUCUUCACCAUUCUUUCCUGACCCCCUCUUCAAGGAACAAUGGUACUUGAAUGGCGGUGCCAAGGAUGGUCUGGACAUGAACGUGGCCCCCGCUUGGCAGAAGGGCUACACAGGAAAGGGAGUCGUCGUCUCCAUCCUGGAUGACGGCAUACAGACCAACCAUCCGGAUUUGGCACAGAAUUAUGAUCCCAACGCGUCUACAGACAUCAAUGGCAACGAUGAUGAUCCAAUGCCUCAAGACAACGGUGACAACAAACACGGCACGCGAUGUGCUGGCGAGGUUGCUGCAGUUGCCUACAAUCAGUACUGCGGGGUAGGCAUUGCCUACAACGCGAGUAUUGGUGGCGUAAGGAUGUUGGACGGUGUCGUCAACGAUGCCGUCGAAGCCAGGGCUUUAGGCCUCAACCCAGACCACAUCGAUAUUUACAGCGCUUCCUGGGGACCAGAAGAUGAUGGAAAGACCGUUGACGGGCCAGGACCACUUGCUAGAAGAGCAUUCAUCUAUGGAGUCACUAGUGGUCGUCGCGGUAAAGGGUCCAUAUUCGUAUGGGCAUCAGGAAACGGUGGAAGACAUACAGACUCUUGUAAUUGUGACGGCUAUACGAACAGUAUAUUUACGUUAUCUAUUUCUAGUGCUACUCAAGGUGGUUAUAAACCUUGGUACCUAGAAGAGUGCUCUUCUACCCUAGCUACUACGUACAGUUCAGGUACCCCUGGACACGAUAAGAGUGUCGCCACCGUUGACAUGGACGGCAGGUUACGGUCUGAUCACAUUUGUACAGUAGAACAUACAGGUACCUCAGCCUCCGCUCCUCUGGCAGCUGGUAUUUGCGCUUUAGCCCUAGAAGCAAACCCUGAACUCACAUGGAGAGAUAUGCAAUAUUUAGUUGUAAUGACAUCUCGACCUCAACCCCUUGAAAAAGAAGGAGGUUGGAUUAUAAACGGAGUCAAGAGGAAAGUAAGUCACAAAUUCGGGUACGGUCUAAUGGAUGCUUCUGAAAUGGUCAGUUUAGCAGAACAAUGGGUGUCCGUACCUCCCCAACAUAUUUGUAAGUCACAAGAAAUUAACGAAGAUAAGCAGAUAGAAUCAACAUUUGGUUACACCCUAUCUACGCAUAUGGACGUUAAUGGGUGCAGUUCUACAGUUAAUGAAGUGCGUUAUCUUGAACAUGUUCAAUGUAAAAUAUCGUUAAGGUUCUUCCCUAGGGGUAAUCUACGUAUACUUUUAACAUCUCCAAUGGGUACUGUGUCAACAUUGCUGUUCGAAAGGCCACGCGAUGUUGUUAGUUCGAACUUUGAUGACUGGCCCUUCUUAAGUGUUCACUUCUGGGGUGAACAUGCUGAAGGUAGAUGGACGCUACAAAUAGUAAAUGCUGGCAACAGGCAUGUAAACCAAGCUGGCUUACUUAAAAAGUGGCAACUUAUUUUCUACGGAACAGCAGUUGAUCCAGUACGAUUAAGAACAAAAAGGCCGUCGCCAGUAGCGCCGCCUUUUGCUUUCCCCACCGCCGCAGAUGGCUAUGAAACUAUCGGGGAUUCUUUUUACAACACUGACGCGUUUGCCAACUAUCAAAACUUUCCAAAUCUAUUCGCCGCCGGGUCAGACCCGGAAAAGGCGGUAGCUCGCCUCGAUGGACAUAACGUCCCUUCUCCGCAUGGGGAGAAUGUCCUCGCUGAUAGUAAUGACAAGCGCGUCAUGCAUGACUGUGAUCCCGAAUGCGAUUCUCAAGGAUGCUAUGGAAAAGGACCUACUCAAUGUAUUGCGUGCAAGCACUAUCGUCUGGACGACUCUUGUGUUUCUCGUUGCCCUCCAAGAAGUUACGCUAAUCAGGGUGGAGUGUGCUGGCCAUGUCACGAGUCUUGCGAGACUUGCGUAGGACCGGGUCAGGACUCGUGCUUAACUUGUGCCCCAGCACACUUACUAGUCGCAGACCUUGCUGUCUGCUUGCAACAAUGUCCAGACGGAUACUGGGAAGAUAGUGAAGCUUCCGUUUGCCGGCCAUGUGCGGCUCACUGUGCCACUUGUUCCGAGCGAGCUGAUGGUUGUACGUCUUGUGAACACCAUCUCGUGCUUCAUGAUGGAACGUGUAUGGCAUCGUGUCCGCCUUCUCACUAUGAGACUGAAGAUGAUAUGUGCGCAAAAUGUCACGAAUCCUGUGACACUUGCCAAGGGCCCGGGGAAACGCAGUGCGUGACCUGUCAUCCGUCGACUUAUGCAUUAGACGGGCGAUGUGUUACGUCAUGUCCUCCAGCGUAUUACGCCGACAAAAAGAGGAAAGAGUGUAUGAGAUGUCCCGUUGGUUGCUUAACGUGCACGAGUGGGUUUUGCCUCUCGUGUGAAUCGAACUGGGAACUUAAUAAAAAAGGAAAAUGUAUGCCUGUGGGCAGCGACAAGUGCAGUGCAGGUGAAUUUGCAGUAGAUCAGAAAUGUAAGAGAUGUAACCCGGCUUGCGACUCGUGCUAUGGUGAAAACGAAGGGCACUGCCUGACGUGUCCGAACCCCAACUUACUACAGGAUUACAAAUGUGUACCAGAAUGCAGUAAAGGUUACUACGCCGAGGCUGGUCGUUGUGCACGGUGCAUGCACGGGUGCUCGGACUGUGUGUCGCGACUGAACUGUACCUCGUGCGUCAGCGCUCUGCGAUUACAGUCCGGAGCCUGCAGGACUUCAUGUGCUGAUGGGUAUUACGCGGACCGCGGCACGUGUUCCAAGUGCUAUCUGUCGUGUCGGACGUGUAUCGGGCCGAGACGAGACCAGUGCGCUUCGUGUCCUGAGGGUUGGAGGCUGGCUGCUGGAGAGUGCCAUCCGGAAUGCCCACAAGGUUUUUACCAAAGCCUAGGCGGCUGCCGCCACUGCCACCACUACUGCCGCGAGUGCGACGGCUCCGGUCCCCUCCACUGCAAGUCGUGUCCUCCCCGCUUUAUGCUGGACGGUGGGCUCUGUAUGGAGUGCCUCGGGUCUCAGUACUAUGACGCGACUAGUGGCACGUGCCGCAGCUGUGACGCAAGUUGUCGAACGUGCUCCGGUCCCGGCCAGUUCAGCUGUUCCACGUGCUCCAGGCCGCUGAGAAUUGACAGGUUAAACAAUCAGUGCGUGCCAUGCUGUUCAGAGCGCGGUGUCACCAACUCUACGCCAUCGUCAGACUGUUGCCAUUGUAAUCCUGACAACGGCGAGUGCAUAAACUCGUCGGUGGCAGGCAAGAGGCGUAUCGCGGAAUGGGGCGCGUUGCACACCGCGCCGAGCGCGCAGUCCGCCCCCAGCGCGGCUGUUGUGACGCUCGCGGUGUGCGCGGCGGCCGUCGGCCUGUUCAUUGUAGUACUGGUUGUGUUACAGGCGCAUAGUCCUCGCGAUAAGAAGACGAGGAAGACGAGUGCGCGCGGCGUCGAGUACUCCCGGCUGCCGUACACGGACGUUGGCGUCACCGUGCUGACGUCAUGCACGGACCAGGAGCGACAGGUCGAGUGCGAACACGAACCACUCCUCGAACAUUCCACAUCCACAUAGCGCGCGCUGUGAUCCUAGAAGUAAGUUUAUGACGUAACGUUUUAUCAUCUGUACCUCCACCAUGAGUUUAAAAAAGCAAAUAAGUCACCGCUCGAUUGCGACGACGUAAUUUUUUUCUAUGCCAAAUUUUACAGCGCCUCCAACGGUCACUUACGGAACUCAAAUUUGGCAUACAAAAAAAUUACGUUAUCGUUAUCGAGUGACGACAAAUACUAUUGCUUUAAGCUUAUUGUAGAGGUAAGGAGAGUCAAGUGAACCCGCCACGAGCGUAGGUAAGUCAAUAAGUGAUGUACGAUCACAACUUCCUAGUUAUUGAAAUCUUUAGUUGUUCUUAAUUACCCAUAGAGACAUAAGCAGUAAGUCAACUUUGCUAGUUUGUUAUACUUUGAAACCGAAUCGAUACAAGUUGAACUAUUGUUCAUUUCUUUAUUGUGUUUUGAAGGAGGACCAUUAUUAAUAUUUGUGUUUGAUGUUGUUAGACACCUUUUAAAGGCUUUGUGAAAGCCAACGAGAAUUGUAAAGCGUGUAGUGUACAGCGCGGACGUUUUAUCGACAUAGUCAAUACGAUGUAGUUACUUCUGUUAUAAUUAAUUUAUUUACUCGACUAUCUUUCUAUCGAUCGAUAAAAUGUCCGUACUUACCUUGCCUUAUGAAGUUAUGACACAAGUUUUAUCGAAUAUACCGUGACUUUAGUUACAGUUUCUGGAGGAGUCGAAGGUGUCUGCUUCGUAAAUGCAGGCAUGUCCUCUCCAAUGUCUAGUACUCGACCAUAAUACUGACAAAGGAUAUUCACGAGUAGAUCAAUUUAUCGAAACAAAAUACGUAGCUAUUUAUUAUGACGUAACAAAUGGACUAUUAUAACGAACGCUCUGCUUGACGUGUUCUUUUCUAUAAACGAAAAUAUAACACCAAUUGUAGUAAUAAGAAUUUAAUUCGAAAUUUGUCCGUAUUAUGUCGAUUUGAACCACACUCGAAGUACUAAAGUCUCGUAUUUAUGAAUAACUAUGUAUGUAUGUAAUAUAGCUAGUUAUAAAAUUGUAAGUUGAACAAAAGAGUUCGUGUAGCGAUGGUUUCGACGCCACACUCAGCAUUGUGAUACUUGGACGAUGUAACUGUCAAAGUGUUCCUUCAACAUUAACUUGGAAGUUUGCUAACGAAUCGAUUCCAUAUCAAUUAUACAGUACUUCCAAACGUCCAGAAUAUAUAUUAUAAUCGAUUAAGACUAUAAUAGAUUUGUGCUAAGUUUCGUAACUAUGUUUAAGGAACACAAGUCCAUAUUAGUGGUUCCAUGUUUGCCGGUACAUCUUGACUUAGCUCUCUCGACUUAAUCAAACCUGCCUUUGAUGUUAGCCACGGAGGUAAUUUGCAUUACAACAUGUGUUAUCUUCCCUCUCUGUCACGCAAACAACACUGCGUCCAUAACGUCUCGGACGUUCCUUUGUUUAUCAUUUUAGAACAUUACUUAAGCAUUAAUUGCAUUAUUGUUUAAUUGUUACCUAAGUUCUAUUUUGGUACCACUGUCCAUAGAACACUUUCUAUAGGCAGUUAUGCAAAUUUAGAUUUUAAAAUGUGACCAGUACAGUCUUUAUUGCUGUUACCAAAAUGGUCUAAUAUACAGCAUGAUACAAAGUAUGUGUAUAAAUUAUGCAUGUAGCUGGUUAUCGGUAAACAUGUUUCCACAAAGUCAUUCAAAAGCCAUAAGCCAUGCCACAAUAUACUGUAACGUAGAAUCUGGUUUAAGAUCUGAGGAGCUCUCUUAGUAUGGCGCUACGACCCUACUUGUAAUUAAACGUAUUUUAAUUGUAAUUUAGUUCAUAGGUCCAAAGUUACCAUAGCGUUUUAAAAAUUGUACAAUUAUUGAUUUUGAACCUGUUCAAGUUGACGUUGACGAAAAAUAUAGUUUAAAAAUGUUGAUUCUACUAGACAAUUUUUUACAUAGUCCUAAAAUAUAUGCCUUGACUCGUCAUAAUUUUAACUUUAUUUUAUAAGUAGUAAAGCUUCUUAGUUUAUAAUUUGUAAUUAGUAAAAAAUAAUCAUUCAUU